AUGACAGCAUUUAGGCCACUAUCAAGCUUUGAAAAAAAAAUUCUCACUCAAUCUUUGAAUGACCAAAGAAAUGGAACUAUUUUCUCGAGCACAUACUCGAAAUCUUUAAAUAGAGAAAAUGACGCCGACUGGCAUUCGGAUGAAGUUACACUCGGAACAAAUUCUUCCAAAGAUGACUCCCGUCUGACGCUGCCCUUAAUAGCAACAACUUUGAAAAGAUUAAUUAAAUCACAACCGGCAUUAUUUGCGACUGUAAACGAAGAAUGGGAAUUCGAGCCAUUGGAGCAACUAAAAACUUCCGAUAUUGUUAAUCUGAUUGAGUUUGAAACCAUAAAAGAUAAAGAGGUCAAUUGUCAUUGGGGCGUUCCACCUCCUUAUCUCUUACGUCAUGCCUUUAACAAGACUAGGUUUGUUCCUGGAUCAAAUAAACCUUUGUGGACACUAUAUGUGAUUGAUGAAGCGCUAUUGGUGUUUCAUGGUCACGACGUGUUGUUUGAUAUCUUUUCAGCGGCUAACUUUCAUAAAUUAUUUUUAAAAGAACUAAACGAAAUCAGCACAGUAAAGCACUCUGAAGAUAGGGUAUUGUUUGAUAUCAAUGACGUCAAUCUCUCAGAAUUAAAAUUUCCCAAAUCGAUAUACGAUAGUGCAAAAUUACACCUGCCUGCUAUGACACCACAAAUCUUCCACAAGCAAACUCAAUCUUUUUUCAAAUCAAUAUACUAUAAUACUUUGAAGAGACCUUUCGGUUAUUUGACCAACCAAACUUCCCUUACCACAUCAGCAUCUGCAACACAACUAAAGAAGUACAAUGAUAUCUUGAAUGCACACACUUCAUUAUGCGGGACAACAGUAUUUGGGAUAGUGAACAACCAAAGAUUUAACUAUUUGAAGUCCAUUGUUAAUCAAGAGCAUAUAUGUCUAAGAAGUUUCAUCUGUGGUAUUGCAAUGAUAUGUUUAAAACCUCUCGUUAAGGAUUUUACCGGUACAAUAGUAUUUUCUAUUCCUAUCAAUUUAAGAAAGCACUUGGGCUUGGGCGAAUCAUUGGGUCUCUUCUUUAAAGAGUUGAGGGUCGAAUGUCCACUUUCUUUAAUUGAUGACGAACUUUCUGUCAACGAAUUUUUGGCGAACAGUAAUGAUAACGAGGAUAAUGAUGAUGAGUUUAAUGAAAGAUUAAUGGAGUGCCAGUUUAAUAAAGUUACAAAACAUGUUAGCGGCUUCAUUAUGGCGAAAUUAAAAAGCUGGGAAAAGAAUGGAUUUAAUGACGACGAUAUAAGAAGAAUGAAAUAUGACAAUGAUGAUGAUUUCCAUAUCCAAAACUCAAAAACAAAAUUGAUUCAAAUUAAUGAUGUUUCUGACAUAUCACUAUCGAUGAACAACGAUGAUAAAUCUUUCAAUAUUGUGAGUACGGGAUUUACAAGCUCGAUAAAUCGCCCCACAUUAAUGUCUCUUUCAUAUACGUACUGCGAAGAGAUGGGCUUGAAUAUCUGUAUUCACUAUCCUGAUUCGUAUAAUUUAGAAUCAUUCGUAGAGUGCUUUGAAUCCUUUAUUGAAUAG